AUGGCCAAAGACGAAGCCGUGCUGGCCCUCUUGGCUCAUGUCUUGUCGGGCGCUCUCGGCGCUCCAGCCGGGAGAGGCAUGAGUGGGCUAUGCGCUGAUCGGGACGGCUUCCAACACAUUCUCGUGGCUAUCCAAGGCGAUCUCGUGUCCGGAGCUCAUACCAAGCUCUCGGAAAUGGAGCUGGCCGAGGUGACUCUGUCGGUCACGGGCCAGUACCUCGCCUCGCGUCGUCCGACCCGGUCCACCGACGGCGCGCUGGGCAGCUUGUACAAGGCCACGGCCCAAGAAACCGCUCACGACGCGUACGUAGCCCGGCUGCGCCACCGUGGAAACUAG